GUAAUAUUUUUUGUUUACUGCAAUCGCCGCGUUUUGAGAAUGCACGAACAUUUAUGCUCGUUUACCCUUGUAUUUUGUUUAAUCAUCAAACAUGGAUAAUAAGAUAGACUAAAAAUAAGUAUAUUUAUAAAAAAUAAAUACUAUUUAAUUAUUUUGUUUUUUGCUGGAUGACUGGCCUCAUCAAGCCGUUCGUGAACCAUCAAAUCUUUAUCUACCAUCGAUGUGGUCUGUAGUGUCACAUGAUCAACAACAGACGAACAGAUACAGAGAAAUGUAGUUUGCAGUUUUAAAACUCUUUGAUUUAAAGGCUUAUGGAGUGUUUUUAUAUGAAAUGGUGCCUGAUAAGUUUGACGGCAGCGAUGGUGGUUGUCACAUCAGGAGGAAAGAUGAAGAUAGUGGAGGAGCCAAACACCUUUGGCUUAAAUAAUCAGUUUGUGGCUCAGAGUAGUCGACUUCAAGCAAAAGUCAGCCCAUCUCCUGUAUCUGGACCGCAACAUCUGCACAGACUGGCAGGAAGAUGCUACAACUACAUUGAAGCCAUAUAUAAAUAUGUGUUCUGUCCAUUUCAUAAUAUAACCCAGCAUGAGCAGAGUUUUAGAUGGAACGCCUACAGUGGUAUACUGGGCAUUUGGCAUGAAUGGGAGAUUCAGAAUAACACAUUCACCGGCAUGUGGAUGCGAGAAGGAGAUUCAUGCGGCAAUAAAAACAGACAGACCAAGGUGCUGUUGGUCUGUGGCAGCAGCAAUAAACUGGCGAGCGUGUCUGAACCGCAGACGUGUGUUUACUCGCUUACCUUUCAAACUCCGCUAGUGUGUCACUCUCACUCUCUUUUGGUUUAUCCAGUUUUGAGUGAGAAGCUACAGAAGGAGUGGGACGACAUUGAGCAAGCACGAUAUGAAGAACUUGUUACAGAGCAGGGAUAUAAUAAGCAGCUGAGGGACGUGUUUGAGGAGGCGGGUCUCCUGAGAAGAGCUCAGCAGCACAAACAAGAGGAGAGCACCACAUCUCUCACUCACCUGAACCUGGAGCAGUGCACACAGGACUUUGAAAAGCAGCAGGCUGAGAUUGAACGACUACGAUCCCUCCUCACACAGCAUAACAUCUCCUAUGAGACAACAGCAGAAGGUGCACAGGACCAGGGUAAUCCGGCCCUCUUACUGGUCCAGGACCAGCACCUCCGCGGUGACACCGGCUUCAUCGCCGACCUGCUCUGAGAUCCAGAAUGUCAUGCAGCAUUCCUGGAAACCAAAUUCCCAGAGAUCACAUCAGACUAAAGAAACAAAUACUGUGAGAUGAUGAGAUUUCUUUUGUUUUUAGGUUGAUUCAGUCAUAUUGUUUUGUGGAAAAUAAAGGUUUUAAAACUAGACAAUUUACA